AUGAAGGGCCGCAGGUUUCUGCUUUUCGUGGUCUUCUGUUUCGUGGCCUUGUCUCCUUUCCUGAACAACAUCGAAGCACGGCAAGAUCCUACCUGGGAAGCAUCGAAGAAGGAGCUGAAUGGAGGGCCAGAAGAGAGAAGGAUGCUGAGUCAGAUUCAACCGAGAGACGAUCAGGAUGCCUUGCGACAGGUCGCUUUCAGCGUUUUCCAAGACUACGUCCAGUGCAACAAGAACGCUGGAAACAUGCUGCGGCUUGCUUUUCAUGGUCAAUCCGUUUUGAAAUUCAAUUUCGGAAUUGUCGAAGCGGCUCGUGAAGACAUCAACAGACUGAGCGGCCUUCCCUCCAUCUCGUACGCUGACGUCAUCCAGCUCGGUGGUGCAUUCGCUGUCGAAACCUGUGGAGGUCCUUCCAUUCCUCUCACGCUUGGGCGGGUGGAUGCGUCAGGCCCUGACAUCGUCAGCAACCUCCCAGGAAUAGCGAGGAACACCUCUCUGCUCCAGGACUACUUCAACGCUAGCGGCUACGAUACCGCAGAACUCGUGGCAAUGAUGGGAGGCCACACCCUGGGAAUCUCGCGGGGGUUCCAGCCAUUGGGACGGCUGGACCCAACUCCUGAGGUUUUCGACAACGCCUAUUUUCAGAUGCUGCUACAAGGGGGCGGGUCGUUUGGUGUUGACCAGUGCCUUAUGGAUGACCAGAAGUUUGCUUCAAUCGUAGCCACGUAUGCCGAGAAUCAAAGCCAAUUCUUUGAGGACUUCGUGAGUGCGUACGUUAAGAUGUCCCUGUUGGGCAUCAGCUAG